UUAUUUCACCCUCAUCCUUCUUAUAUCGUUAUUUUCUCCUCUCCACCUUAAAUCUUUCUUCUGGCGUCUCUUCAAAUUCCUAUCUUUUACAGUGUCCUCCCUACCUUCUAGGCACCACGCUCUCCCCUCUAGACACACACCUAUGUUUGUACACACCUGUCCUUUUUCGUUCCUCCCCUCCAUAUAAUACUGCUCUGAUUUUCCUACUAUAUAACAGCCCCUAUCCUACUUGCAGUUAAUGCCAGUCUCAGUGGGAACAUAGAAGGUGACUGGCAUGACCAAUGUAGUUUGUGGCUUGGAUCUGUGCAUUUACCUUACCUACCUACCAACUAACAAGGCUGUGCCAUACCCACUACCAAGGCCAGUUUCUGCACUAAAAUAUUGAAUGUUAGAUACUGUGCUCCCUUUAGCUAUUUAGACCGGGCAUUGCUAUAUCAUGUACUGGCACUUUCCAUUGCAGACACCGUCACACACAGUAUAUUUGCUAAAUUUGAAGGGACAGUCAGGUCCCAAAAAAAACUUUAAUGUUUCAAAUAGGGCAUGUAAUUUUAAACAACUUUCCAAUUUACUUUUAUCACCAAUUUUGCUUAGUUCUCUUGGUUGAAAGCUAAACAUAUGAAGGCUCAUAUGAUAAUUUCUAAGUCCUUGAAGGCCGCCUCUUAUCACAUGCUUUUUUUAUUUGCUUUUCAUAACAGGGGAGAGCUAGUUCAUGUAAACCAUAUAGAUAACAUUGUGAUCACGCCCGUGGAUUGUGGCAGACACUGCACUAAUUGGCUAAAAUGAAAGUCAAUAGAUAAUAAAAAAAAAUGUCGUGAUCAGGGGCUGUCAGAAGAAGCUUAGAUACAAGUUAAUCACAGAGAAACAUAUCCUUUGUAAAAUUUGAGACUACAGUUCUACUACCUCCACUGAGGAUGUUUCCUCAAAACAGACCUCCGACUCAUCUGCAGGCUUCGGUAGCAGCAGGGGCAGGAUCUGCCCCCCCUCAAAGCCUCAAGCUCACUUACCCUGAGACCCUGGAUAGAAUAAAAGAAGAGUUUCAGUUCCUGCAGAGCCAAUACCACAGUUUAAAGAUGGAAUGUGAGAAGCUUGCAACAGAGAAAACUGAGAUCCAGCGACAUUAUGUUAUGUAUUAUGAAAUGUCUUAUGGGUUGAAUAUUGAAAUGCACAAACAGACGGAAAUUGCCAAGCGUCUGAAUGUUAUCUGCGCUCAGCUGGUGCCCUUCUUGUCUCAGGAGCACCAGCAGCAGGUGGUUCAGGCUGUAGAAAGAGCCAAGCAGGUUACCAUGGCAGAGUUGAAUGCUGCCAUCGGGGUACGUUUCAUCCCCCCUCAGCUGACCGUGCACCAACUGCAGGCUCAGCACCUUUCUCACCAUGCACCCCCAAUCCCCUUAACUCCUCACCCGUCCAGUCUACAGUCCUCCAGCCUAGCUGCUGCCACAAGUGCCUCUAGCUUGUUGGCCUUGUCUGGUGUCCUCGGCCUGCAGUCCCAGCUAGCUGCCAAAGAGGGGCUUGCCGAUGCAGAACACAGAGACAGAGACCCAGGGCCUAGCUGUGUAACUCUCCCAAAUGGGGAACGCGUGCGGACUCUGUCAGAUUAUCUGAACAGCAACAAGAAGCGUAAAACAGAGGAAAAAGAUUUUGGCACAGACUAUGGCAGUGAUGCUGACCGCAGUGAGGAUAAUCUGGUGGUGGAUGAGGACCCUUCCUCCCCACACAGUGUCCAUUCCUACUCCUCACGGGAAAAUGGUAUUGAUAAAUCUUCUCUGCAGAGGAAGGAUCCUGCCCCUGCUAGUCCAAACUCUAUGACCUCAUCCAGCAGUGUGUCCCCCUCCAGGAGCAAGGACCUCCCCACGCAUGUAGAAAAGGCUGGGACACCGGGGCUGAAGUCCAGCACUCCAAAUUCUCAGAGCGAUAUGAGUACCCCUGGUCCAAGUGGGUCCAGUACACAGCAGUUCCGACCUGGUAAACAAACCAUUGACCCUCUAGCUUUGGGGCUUCGUUCACAACUGGGUGCACAGGGUGCAUAUCCCGCAGCUUUCAGCAUUGCUCACCCCUCUGUGAGUGGGGAGGGUGCUGGAGCUUAUGCCGGUCUUCACCUCAUGUCCCCACAAAUAAACGGAGCCUCCACUGCUGGAACCUACGCACGGUCUUCUCUAGUUGGUUAUGACCCACAUGCCCAUAUGAGAGGACUGGGAGCUGCCAUGCCCGGAGCUGCAUCUGGAAAGCCGGCCUACUCUUUCCAUGUCAGUGCCGAUGGACAGAUGCAGCCGGUUCCCUUCCCACCAGAUGCCCUGAUUGGCUCAGGCAUUCCACGGCACGCCCGCCAGCUGCACACGCUGAAUCACGGGGAAGUGGUCUGUGCUGUGACCAUCAGCAACUCCACGCGCCAUGUGUACACAGGAGGAAAAGGCUGCGUGAAAGUAUGGGAUGUAGGCCAGCCUGGCACCAAGACACCUGUGGCACAGCUCGAUUGCUUGAAUCGGGAUAAUUAUAUCCGCUCAUGUAAACUCCUUCCAGACGGACGAAGUCUAAUUGUUGGUGGGGAAGCAAGCACGCUAUCAAUCUGGGAUUUGGCAUCCCCCACUCCAAGGAUAAAGGCUGAGCUCACCUCUUCUGCACCUGCCUGCUACGCCCUAGCCAUAAGUCCAGAUGCUAAAGUCUGCUUUUCCUGCUGCUCUGAUGGAAAUAUUGUGGUGUGGGACCUUCAAAAUCAAACACUUGUCAGGCAAUUUCAGGGCCACACAGAUGGCGCCAGCUGUAUAGAUAUCUCUCAUGAUGGCACAAAGUUGUGGACUGGGGGUCUGGAUAACACUGUGAGAUGCUGGGAUCUUAGAGAGGGCAGACAGCUCCAACAGCAUGACUUUAACUCUCAGAUCUUCUCCCUUGGCUAUUGCCCCACAGGGGAGUGGUUAGCCGUUGGAAUGGAGAGCAGCAAUGUUGAGGUUUUACACGUUUCCAAACCAGACAAAUACCAGUUACAUCUUCAUGAGAGCUGUGUCCUUUCCUUGCAGUUUGCAUCCUGUGGUAAAUGGUUUGUAAGCACUGGGAAAGACAAUCUAUUGAAUGCUUGGAGGACACCAUAUGGAGCUAGCAUUUUCCAGUCUAAAGAAUCCUCCUCAGUCCUCAGCUGUGAUGUUUCAACUGAUGACCAGUUCAUUGUCACAGGUUCCGGUGACAAGAAAGCCACAGUGUAUGAGGUCAUCUACUGAGGUCCUCUCCAACCUUGUUCACUUUACCAUCUCCCCACUUCAACCCUGGGGACCCCCUCUCUCUGCACGGAUACGCAGGGGUGCCCCUCUGUCCCUUGGGUUAGUUCUGUUUUUAGGUGUAUAUUUUAUCUGUACUGGGCAGCGUGUAUUUAAUAAUAAAACAGGAGAAAUUUAA